GCACGAUCACUGGUAAAUGCAGUUGCCAGUCAUCAGCUGCACUUUCUUUACGCUGUCACAGCGUGAGGAAAGUACUGCCGAUAACCAGCAAUUGUCAGAGGACAGAUCGGUACUGAUCAUCAGGGCACUGAUGAUUAGUGCCCUGAUGAUCAGCUGAUCACCGGUAAAUGCAAUUGCCGGUUCUCGGCUGCACUUUCCUCACGCUGUCAGAUCGUGAGGAAAGUACUGCCGAGAACCGGCAGUUGUCAGAGCAGGGAUCGGC